AUGGCCCUCCGCGCGCCGAAGAAGAAGGCGUCGAGCGUGGGCGCCCUCAAGGCGGCCCUGGCGUCCGUCGCCAAACGGCCGUCGACGCUGGAGAAGCUCUGCGGCAGGAAGACGCUGUCGGCGUCCCAGGCGGCGACCGCGCAGCGCCUCAUGGAGCGCGCGCAGCCCAUGCCGUCCGCGGGCCGGGCGUCGAUGGCCCUCGUCGUCAACGACUUCGCCGCCGCCGAGGACUGGCAGCUCUCCGUCGCGCGCGGCGAGGAGGUCGCGGUGUUGGACAAGCUCGACGACGGCUGGUGGCUCGUGGACAAGUCGCGCGGCGCGGGCCGCGGGCCCUACGGCCUCGUGCCGGGCACCCACUGCUGCUGGAAGCUCCACGACGACGAGGGCGGCGCGCCGCCGCCGCCGCCGCCGCCCGCGCCCGCGUCGCCGCCGCCGGCCGCCGCGAUCCGCAUGCCGACGGCCGGCGCGCCCCGCCCCGCGCCGCCGGCGCCGGCCGCGUCGACGCCCGCGCCCGGGCCGGCCGCCAGGGACUACGACGACGCGGACCUCGAGGCGGCGUUCGCGUACCUGGACCUGCUCAUCCACGGCGACCCCUUCUCCACGGGCCCGGCGCCGCCGCGCUUCAACGAGCUCUGCGCGUCGUCGUCGGAGUUCGCCGCGCGGGUCAAGGCGCACGCCGACGACUCGCGGCGCCGCGCGAGCGACGACGAGGACCCCCUCGGCGACCUCGGCUAA